AUGGACCGUAAAACUCUCAUCCCAGCUCGUGUGGGGCUUUCAUUCUUGCACUUUGAUAAGGCUGGUACAGUGGAGGUUGAGGACAAGGUCCGAGAAAUGCAGGUGAUGUUGCCACAGUUGGAGGCUGGAAUCCGGUCAAUUAUUCCCAAUUCAGGCCAUAGUAUGGAUGGAAUGGGUGGGUUUCGCCCUGUGUGGUACAUUGGCAUUAAUUUUAAAUGA